AUGAUUGCUUUGAAGAGCGUAGACUUAUCGAAGGCCCCAUCAUAUGUCCUGGAAGAAAUGCAAAAAGAAGUUGAGAUUUAUAAAGAUCUAGUCGAUAUUCAAGGCAAUUAUAUCCCAAAACUGGUCUGUUAUGGAUAUUAUGGAGGAGGUAUGAGUUUCGUAAUAGGCAUGACCAUUGUCGGCACUUCGUUGAGCGAGCAAAAAAUAAAGAAACGGCAAAAGACAAGGGCUAUUAGGGGAUUAGAAGCGAUCCACAAGCAUGGCAUCCUCCACAAUGACAUUCAGGAGGAAAACAUCUUAAUUAAUGACAAUGUAAACCCCGCCUCCCCUAUAACUCAGGACAAAGAAUCUCGAUCACAUAAGAAGAAAGAAGCGGAAAAUAUCGUGCAGGAUGUAUUUGAUUUUACCAUGGAUGGGUCCGAGAAAAAACACAUGACGGAAAUUUCGCUGACGGGCCGUGAGGAAAAUAAUUGCCAAGAAAAGAUAGAAUCCCAGGGAGGCCUAGCAGAGUUAUCAAGUUCAGACGUAUUGCAAAAUAUAAACCGCUUAUAUGAAAAUGCAUGUACUGCGGAAAAUGAAAGGGUAAAGGCUAAUCAGGCGGAAAUUCUGUGCUAG